AUGUUCAUUGACUCUACACCCCGUAUAUCAGUUUUGUUGAAUUCUCGACCUCAAAAUAAAUUAAAAAUCUGUCAUCUAAAUGCUCAAUCAAUUACACCUCACAUCGAUGAGUUUCGAGAUUUCUUCAAUGAUAACUAUUACGAUGUUAUAGCUAUAUCUGAAACAUGGUUGACUACUAAUAUAGUUGAUGCUCAGAUCUGCUUACCGAUGUUUCAUUUACAUAGAAAUGAUCGGAAGUUACGCCAUGGAGGUGGGGUGGCAAUCUAUGUUCGGGAUACAUUAUCUUCACGAGUUGUUUCUUGCUCAUCAAAUGUUACUUCAGGAUAUCCUGAAUAUUUGAUAAUUGAAAUAUGGUCUACAGCUAAUAAUAAAAUAUUACUUUCAACUAUUUAUAGACCGCCAAACACGGCGAUGUUAGAUAACUUUGAACAAGAAUUUGAUAAUUUAUUUCAUUUAUAUAAAAAUAUAGUAAUAAUUGGAGAUCUUAAUAUUAAUCUACUACAACACUAUUAUGAAUCGUCUUACCUAACUGAUUUUUGUAAUUUCCAUAAUCUACACUUGGUUAACUUUACUCCUACACAUCACACUGCUUCAUCCCAUACUUGGAUAGAUCACUGCAUAGUUAAUGAUUCUUCAAAUGUUAUGGAAUCAAAUCAAUCUACUGAACCUUUUCUAUCUGGUCAUGACGUUAUUUCAAUUGUACUUGAUUAUAACGUCCCAAAACAAACAGCGAAAAUAAUUAAAUACAGGAACUGGAGUCUGAUCAACCAAGAAUCAAUAGCUGAUUCACUUUGUGAAGCUGAAUUGCCGAAUAUUGAUAAUAGGUGCCCUAUAGAUGAUUCAGUCAACUGUCUGAAUGUAAGCAUUUGUAAUGUUGUUAACUCGAUUGCUCCUGAACGUCUAAUAAAGGUUUCUAGACCACCAGCUCCAUGGAUCACAGAUGAUAUACGAAUCAUCCAACGUAGAAGAAAUAAACUAUACAGGGUUUUUAGAAGAACGGGAUAUGCUUAUGUUGAAUAUUGCAAUGUUAGACGUCUGGUAAAGCAAAAAAUUACAGCUGCUAAACGUGAGUUUUUCCAAUCAAGAUUCACCUAUGUUCGUACUCCGAAAAUUAUCUGGGACGACUUCAGAAGAUUAGGACUCCUUAAAUCAACAUUGUCAACAUGUCCGCGUGAUCUUGAUAUUAAUGGAUUAAAUAGCUAUUUUGUGUCGGUGGGUGAUGCAAGUAAUGAUGAUCAGCAGUUAAAGUUAGCCUGUAUUACUCCAUAUAGUAUAAACCAGUUUGACUUUGUUAAUAUCACACCUGAUGAUGUUAAAAAGAACCUAAGUAGAAUAACUACUAGUGCAGUUGGUCCGGAUGGUCUAUCAAUUCGGUAUUAUAAACGCUUAAUAUCAUUCUACUCAAAACAAAUUGUGGACUUAUUUAAUACUAGUCUGACACGUUGUGAGUUUCCUCAUCAAUGGAAGGAUUCGCUAAUAAUACCUAUACCUAAAAUCAAAGAUCCACGAAUAUUUGGGGAUUAUAGGCCAAUAUCAAUACUGUGUCCACUAUCUAAGGUUCUAGAGCGGUGCAUCUAUGAUCAGAUUAUAGAAUAUCUAGUAGGCAAUAACAUACUAGAUCGAUAUCAAACAGGAUUUAUGAAAGGAAUGAGUACACAGACAGCUUUACUACGCUUCUGUGAUGAUAUCAGAUCUGGUAUAGAUAACCGUUCAAUUACAAUUGCUAUAUCAUUUGAUUUUACGAAAGCAUUUGAUAGUGUUAAUCAUUUGUUACUAUUAAAGAAGCUUCGUGCCUACAAUUUCUCUGAAAAUACUCUCAAAUGGUUCUACUCCUAUUUAACAAACAGACGUCAAGCAGUAAGGUUAGAAAAUCUCUUAUCAUCGUGGAAGUACAAUCGAAGUGGAGUUCCUCAAGGAAGUGUUCUUGGGCCAUUAUUGUAUGCUAUUUUUAUCUCAGACUUGGGAUCUCUAAUCGAUUGUAAUCACAUUUUCUAUGCUGAUGAUCUCAUUGUUUAUAUAACAUGCUCGCUGUCAAUCAUUGAUGAAACUAUAGAAAAACUCAACAACAUUAUCAUAAAGAUCAAUAGCUGGUGUACUGAAAAUUAUUUAAGACUAAAUCCUGAUAAAACGAAAGCUAUUAUCUUAGGUAGCCCGCAGCAUGUGCGAGAUCCCACAUGUGUUAAUGCGCUGAAAAUAGUAGUAAACGGGAAGACCAUUGAAUAUGUCAAGUCAUUAAAAUAUCUUGGGGUUAUUAUUGAUGACACUCUGUCGUGGCAUGAGCAAGCUAUUGCUGUUAGUAAUCGAGCUAUGAGUUGUCUUGCUCGUCUCAAAAUAAAUAAUAAGAUCUUCAAUACUACUAUGCGGAGAAAGCUAGUGGUUGCUCUAGUCUUUCCUACGUUUGAUUAUUGUUCUGCUGUAUUUUCUAACAUAUCUGGUGUACUUCAAACAAGACUACAACGUAAAUUCAACGCAUGCAUUAGAUUUAUCUUUCAAUUACGUCGUUACGAUCAUAUAACCCCAUACAGAAAACAACUUGGUUGGUUAACAUUACAAAGUAGACGGGAAUUUUUAAUUUGUUGUAUAGUGUAUAAAAUGCUACAUCUUAAUCAUGACCCUAUUCUGCGAGAAAAUUUCCGUAUACUUUUAUCUGUUCGUGGUCGUGCGGCGAGACAAAAUGAUGUUUUUUAUCAACCAUCUUGUAGAACAGUAUCAUAUGAGAAAUCAUUUCUAUUCUCAGCUAUUAGAUUAUGGAAUCAAUUGCCAUCGGAAAUAGUAGCUAUGAAUAAUUAUACUGAGUUUAGAACAGCCUGUUAUACUAGAUUUUUUGAAAGAACUACAGAUUUACAAUAA